UGAGGGGAGGGAGGAGACAAUUAUGGGGACGAUACGACAGGAAAAAUUUUGCGUCUCGACUGUAAAUAAGACGGAAACUUUUCCAUCGCGAGCAGAAGCUGGAAAUUUCCUAAUUUUGAGGUUCUGCAAGUUCAUUUCCCUUCUUUAAUUAGGGUUUUAGGUGUUUAAGCGAUUUGCUGCGAAAUAGAAGCGGGAAACUCUUUGAAAAAGAAAAUUUAAAAAAAAAUGGAAAAUAGUAGCUUGGAGCAGACACUGCAAGAUGGCAAGCUCCGUCGACAGAUCAAUUCCCUCAUAGUUGCUCAUCUUCGCGACAACAGUCUUACACAGGCUGCAAGUGCAGUUGCAUCAGCCACAAUGACACCAUUGAAUGUGGAGGCUCCGCCUAAUAAGCUUCUUGAGCUGGUUGCUAAGGGUCUUGCAGCAGAAAAGGAUGAGAUGUUAAGAGGGAUUACUUCCACUCCAAUGUAUGAUUUGGGCACGCUGGUACCUGCAGCUUACGGUUCAAUCCCAGCUCACCGUGUUGCUUCCAUUGAUUUUAGUGCCUUGCAGGACACAAAAGGCUCAUCAAAAAAUUUUCCGAAGCAUGAGACACGGCAUCUUUCUGAGCACAAGAAUAUUGCGAGAUGUGCAAGAUUUAGUCCUGAUGGAAGGUUUGUUGCUACUGGAAGUGCAGACACAUCAAUUAAGCUAUUUGAGAUUUCAAAAAUCAAGCAGAUGCUGCUGUCAGAUGCAAGGGAUGGUCCCGUCCGACCUGUCAUAAGGACAUUUUAUGAUCAUAUACAACCAAUAAAUGAUUUGGACUUCCACCCUCAGAGUACUAUUCUUAUAUCAGGAGCCAAGGACCACACAAUAAAAUUCUUUGACUUUUCCAAAGCUACUGCAAAGAGAGCAUUCAGAGUUAUCCAGGAUACUCACAACGUUAGGUCUGUGACUUUCCAUCCUUCUGGGGAUUUCCUUCUUGCAGGAACUGAUCAUCAGAUUGCACACCUGUAUGAUGUCAAUACAUUUCAGUGUUAUCUAUCUUCUACUGUUAAUGCCCCAGAAAUUGGAACUAAUGGAGCCAUUAAUCAGGUGAGGUAUUCAUCUACAGGUGGCGUGUAUGUAACAGCAUCUAAAGAUGGUGCUGUGCGGUUGUGGGAUGGGGUAAAUGCAAAUUGUGUGCGAUCUAUAGAUGGUGCACACGGAACAGCAGAGGCCACCAGUGCAAGUUUUACAAAGGAUCAACGGUUUGUUCUCUCUUGUGGGAAGGACUCUACUGUUAAGCUUUGGGAGGUUGGCAGUGGGAGAUUGGUCAAACAAUAUCUAGGAGCUACACAUACACAACUGAGGUGCCAGGCUGUUUUCAACGACACUGAAGAAUUUGUAUUGUCCAUAGAUGAAGCAAGCAAUGAGAUUGUUAUCUGGGAUGCUCUAACAGCAGAGAGAGUGGCAAAGUGGGUGUCGAACCAUAAUGGUGCACCCCGUUGGAUUGAGCACUCGCCAACAGAAGCAGCUUUUAUUUCUUGUGGAACUGACAGAUCGGUACGGUUCUGGAAGGAAACUCUCUGAAUGAAUGGAAAUAGCUGGAUCAGAGCUUUCCACAAAAUCUUCUGUAAAGCUUAAGCACACGGCAUGGGAUAGUUGAGGCUUAUAUGCAGAUCUAGGAACAAAUUUUUUUCAAAUUUUUUUAUGUGGCCAAUUUGCUGAGAAUUUGAUGCAGUUUUAUAAUAUGUAUUUUACAUUGCUUUUAUCACUGUACACGACUAUUAUUUUUUAAGCCUAUAUUAUAAAACUGUUUGUUUUAUGUCA